AUGCUUAGUGAAAAAGAAGGAGAAGCCAUACCCAAGAGGAAACAAAAUCUAUUUGAGAGUGUGACAGAAGCUCUAGAUUUCUCGCAAGUCAGAUCAGCCCGUGAUGCCGAGCUGCUCGAGGAAGCCAGACAAGCCACCAAGUCUGGAGAUCAGAUGUCCAGGGAACAUUAUGGAGCACUCCGGAGGAAGAUUGGGGGAACUUACAAGGAUUUCUUUAAAUCAUAUGUUGAAGUGGAGGGAGAGUACGUGGAAGAGGGAUGGGUGGACAAGACAUGCAAAGUUUGCAAGAAAGACACGAGAGGAGAGGAGAGGAGAGGAGAGGCGAGGCAGGUGGACAAGUUAGGGAGAUAUGUGCAUGUUGCUUGCUUGAACAAACCUUCUUCUUCUGGAAACUUCUUCACUAAACUCUUCACUGCAUAA